ACUGGCUCUAGGGAGCCUGGUGGAGCCGCUGCUCCGGGCCUCAGCGUCCUACCUGCAGAGUGGACUCAAAGUAGGUUCUUCUCCAGGGAGUUUCCCUGAGGAUGGAAGAAGCCGAUGGCUGGAAACUCGUGGCAAAACCUGCCAGCGGUCCAUUCUUUGAAGCAGUUCUGGGUUAACCGCUGCGCCUCCCUCCGGGAGGCAGAGAGAGGGAAGAGUUGAGGCUGAAUUCACCAGCGAGGUGCGCGGCCGGUCUGCCGGCGGCGGGCUGCCUGGCCGGACCGAGCGACGCGCCCAGCCCUCCGCUGCCGCGAUGCGCGCCCUCCGCGCUGUGCUGGCACUGCUGCUGCUCCUGGGGGCGCUCCGAGCCUUCCCACAGGGUCAAGCCCCCACGGACGCCUGUGCUGGAAACCUCAGCCUCUACUAUGAUGUGGCUGCUAGGAGGUGCUGUUUCCGCUGCCCUGUGGGGCUGUCCCCGCAGAAGCAUUGUCCGCAGGCGUCAUCCGACUGCAAGAAGCAGUGUCCGCAGGACCACUACCUGGACAGUGACGGCCACUGCACGGCCUGCGUGAGCUGUCACGAUGACCUUGUGGAGAGGAGGCCGUGCUCGGAGCGCUCGCCCCGUGUCUGCGAGUGCCAGCCCGGCCUGUUCUGCCGCACCACGGCCGCCCACUCGUGUGCCCGCUGCUCCCCCCACUCCACCUGCCCCGCGGGGAUGGCCGUCAAGUCCCCAGGCACCGCGGAGAGGGACACUGUCUGUGAGCCGCUUCCCCCAGGGGCCGGCCCUGACUGUGGCCCCAACCCAGAGGACUGCAAGGCACCCGCCAGGAGCGCCCCACCCCAGGCCAAGCCCAUCCUGACCUCUGCAGACUCCGAUGCCAGGACCACGCUUCUGAGAGGGGACGCUCCCCUCACCCCAAAAGAUGAUUCCAAAAUGACAAGGACACCCAACUCUCUCUCCUCUGGGGAGAAGCCCAGUCCAAAUCCAGGGCUGUCCCCGCAGCGGCAGUGCCCGCCGGAGUCCCCCAAAUGCCGGAAGAAGUGCGAGCCGGAGUACUACGUGGAUGGGGACGGUCGGUGCACAGCCUGCGUGAGCUGCUCGGGAGACGACCUCGUGGAGAAGACGCCGUGCACGUGGAACUCCUCUCGCGUCUGCGAAUGCCGGCCCGGCAUGUUCUGUGAAACGUCAGCCACCAACACCUGUGCCCGCUGCGUCGCCUGCCCCGUGGUCCCACCAGAGACGGCCGCCCAGCUCCAGGGUGCAGCUAAGAGGGACAACAGCCAUGCGCCGCCUUCCCCGGGGACCCACCUUAACUGCAGCACCAACCCAGAGGACAGCAAGGCUCCUAACAGCGCCAGCCCCGCGCAGAUCUCCCCAGCCGACUCCCAGGCCAGUCAAGGGCUCGGAGGGGGUGCCACUCACGCCCGGGAGGACGCCUCCAUCUCAACCAGUGCGCCUGUCUCUUUCCCCUCCACGGGAAGACCCAUCCAGGUUUCAGGCUCGGUGCUCCUCUGGGUGGUCGUGGCCCUGGUGGUCGUCCUCGGCUCCGUCUCCUUCCUCGUGUACCACCGAAGGACCUGCUGGAAGUGGAUUCGGCAGAAGCUCCACCUGUGCCGCCCAGUGCCGACCUUCCGGCCCCAGCAGGAGGCUGUGGAUCCCAGGCCCCAGAAGAACCAGGCGGACCUGAAGACAGUCGUCUCGGUGGCAGAGCCCUCCACUGGAGAUCUGGGGCGAACCAGCCAGCCGGUUCCGUGGGAGAGCCAGCCGGUUCUGCGGGAGAGCCAGCCGGUUCUGCGGGAGAGCCAGCCGGUUCUGCGGGAGAGCCAGCCGGUUCCUCGGGAGAGCCAGCCGCUGCUGGGCGCCAGUCCAGGUGGGGGCCCCUCGUCCCCCAGGGACCUCCCCGAGCCCCGGGUGACCACGGAGAACACCAACAACAGGAUAGAGAAGAUCUACAUCAUGAAGGCUGACACGGUGAUUGUGGGGACAGUGAAGACGGAGGCGCCCGAGGGCCGGGGCCCGGCGGGGCCGGCGGGGCCCGAGCUGGAGGAGGGUCUGGAAGUGGACCAUGCACACUACCCGGAGCAGGAGACGGAGCCCCCUCUGAGCAGCUGCAGAGAUGUCAUGUUCUCAGUGGAGGAGCAAGGGAAGGAGGACCCCUCGCCCACGGCUGCCUCUGGGAAAUGAGGCCCGGCCCGGGCUGGGGCCGAGAGCACCUCGGGGUGCUCCCUGGGAGCCAGGGCGGCGAGGGUGGACCGGGCCGACGGUCAAGGGGGCUGAACCGAGUGUCCAGCACCCAGUGGCGACCAGCCAGCCCAUGCAGAAGGGGGUCUGCUGGUCUCUACCCAUGCCCCCACCCAGCCACCCUGCACCCCCUACUCUAGGGCUAUGGAGUGUGCAGCCCAGACAACCAGGUGCCGAAUCGCAAUGGCGAUGUUUGCUGGAGCAACAGACAGAUGGCCCAGGGCCCUGGGCAUUGGACCCACCCCCCAGGGCUGGAGCCCACCUGCGGCAGAGGCCGUGAGGCCCACACCCUCGCCCUGGGCCUCAGGAGUGAUACCUACGGGGCCCUGCUACCGUGCCGACAACCCCAGUGACUGUUAACACGGCCCCCUCGGGCACUGAGCCAGCGCCUGUGGUUUCUCCUCAGUCCAGAUGGAGGGCUAGGGCUCUGUGGGCUGGCCCGUCUCGGCCACAGCCGCCGUUUCUGCCCUGUGCCCGGGGGAGUGCCCGGCCAGGCCUCCAACGCUGCUUGGGCUGAGUGGGACCCUCCUGGUGCCACCUCUCCCCCUCACCCCCCUCCUCCGUCCUCCUCUGUAGCCCCACAGCGGGUGGGCCACGGCCUAGGAUCCACUCGCUCAUCUCAGAAUGUCCCUCCCAGUGGGUCCUCCCAUCGGGAGGCAUCUCAGGACCCUCAGCAGCUGUGGCCUCCGCCCCCGUCAAAGACGCUGCCCACCUAGCUGCCACCCGGAGAAGGGCCCACUCUGCUUUGCUCAGGAGCUCGCCGCACCCACAGACGAGGACCUGCGCGCCCCUCUGGGCCCUGGCCUGCCCGGCAGGCACCACCCGCUCUGGGCACCACCCUAGAUGCGCCGCGCGCGCAGACUCUUGAGGGUGCCUGGUCUGCCUCUCUCUGCCGUCGCUCCGCACCCCGGGGUGGGAACGUGCACGUCCAAAACCACGUUCCGCCUUCUCCUGGACUGUGGGGGUGGAGUGGCGAAGGGUUUUGCUUGGUUUAAUCUGCCUUUCUGGAUUUUUGCUUUUCACACUAGAGAAUAAUCCCUCCAUUAGCCAGCGGCUCUCCUCCCCUCGGUUCUCCUAGGGGCUUUCAGACGCGUGUAAACAGACCCGUGGCCUUGACAAUGACUGCAGCAGCCUGGGACUCAGGUUGCAGGGAGACUCCUGGAAUUACCCGCUGGAAGCCAGGCCCCCAAGUGCUGUUUACUCACCAGCCCGCUCCUCUCUGGAGGAAGUUGGGGCUGGGUCAGGCGUCCCAGGGUAGUUUCUGAAACCACUCAGAUGUUUUGGGGAAAGUUGGAGAGGCUGGGACACCGGGACCUGAAGAAGUUUCUGUGGGACGUCUGAUACUUGCCCAAAUGCCCGUGUGGGCAGCUGUGCAGCGUGGAAGAGGACGCCACACGCCCAGUGGGCAGGGGCUCGGCAGCCUUGGCGUGAGGCUAUUGACACAUGCGUAAUGAAAGGACGCGCUCCCUCGCCCGGGAGCCCUUCCCAGAACCGUCUGAUCCUUGAAAAUGAUCGUAAGGCUGAGGAAACUUGCACUGGGGCUGAGAGUCUUGGAGGACCUCUUGGGAUCCCUCUCCACCCCUCUGCCCAGGACCCUUCCUCCGUGUAACUCCUGCUGCCUGGUCCGGGCCUGCCUCCGGGGACUCUCAGAAUAAAGCUGCUGU